AUGGAGACACUGGAGGAAGCUGAACUGUGCUUUCCACAACUCAACACCUCAUGCAGGAAGCGCCCACGCAGUCAAACCGAGGCCUUGCUCAUCUAUACACUGAUGCCCUGCUUUUCUCUGAUCACUGUGGUUCUCAACCUGCUGGUCAUCAUCUCCAUCUCCCACUUCAGGCAGCUCCACACUCCCACCAACCUCCUCCUCCUCUCUCUGGCUGUCUCAGAUUUACUCGUUGGUCUCCUUGUGGUGCCAUCUCAUAUUCUUUUAAUUGAACCCUGUUGGCUCCUGGGUGAUCUGGCGUGUGUGCUGUGCUCUUUCCUACCUGUCAUUAGUGUUCCAGCCACCGCAGGUAACAUGGUUCUCAUAUCAGUGGACCGUUACGUGGCUGUCUGUGACCCUUUACGCUACCCCACCAAGCUCACUCAAAAGACAGUUAAGGGUCUAAUUCUCCUUUGUUGGGCUUUCUCUGUUCUCUAUAACCUUCUGUUUUUAUGUGAUAACCUGAGGCAAUUAGGGAGGUUUAACUCCUGUUAUGGAGAAUGUGUGAUUACUGUAAAUGGAACUGUUGAUCUAGUGAUAAGGUUCAUCAUUCCCAUCUCAGCCAUCAUCAUCCUGUAUGUGAGGGUGUUUGUGGUGGCUGUGUCUCAGGCUCGUUCCAUGCGCUCCCACGUUGCAGCUGUUAAACUGCAGCGUUCACUGACUGUGACUGUUCAGAGGUCAGAGCUGAAAGCAGCCAGGACUCUGGGUGUAGUUGUUGUUGUAUUUCUUAUGUGUUACUGUCCAUAUUACGGCAUCUCUUUGUCUGGCUAUAACCUCAUGACAAGUUCUUCAACAAACAUUGUCAUGUUUAUUCUCGUGAUAUUUAACUCGUGUCUGAAUCCUGUGAUUUACACCUUUGUGUAUCCCUGGUUCAGAAAAUGUAUCAAACUUAUUUUUACCCUUCAGAUACUAAAGUCUCGUUCCUGUUACACCAAAGUACUGAAAUAA